AUGGUGCUGUACGUCCGACGUGAAGUUCGACGCUGGGAAGAGGUGAAUCCUGGGAAGGUGACGCCCCCGAGUGUCGUCUAUGAGUGGCCGACUCCGAAACCGGACGCCAACUCGUACUUUGCUGCCGCGUACGCAACAGGAGACUACUUCAAGUGGCGUUUGUCUCUGACGAACCAGGAUGAAGCCUGGAUCUCUGAGUUUCACCUCGCCCGGUGGGGUCGCGGAACUGCCCAGGAUCUCAUGGCGACUACGAUUCCCCAGAAUAUCAUGACCGCACGCGAGUGCGUCGCCAUUCUGCAGACUCUGUUCUUCGAAGCUGGAUUCGAGUUUGUCAACUUGAUCCCUGGCUGGUCUUCGGCGCGUGCUUCCAGGAUUCCAGAAAGUCUGGUGCGCUCUGUCAUGGAGGAAACCCAGAAUUUCAUCGCCGUGGAACUGGUCGAAUGGAGACUGGUGAUCGCUGGUGUGCCUUUCAAGGUGAACUCUGAAGACCAACAUGCACCAAGCAUUCAAGAUCAAGCGCCAAGACUGGACUACCACAAGGAAGAUGGAGACGGUGAUCUAUUGAUGACGGACUACGAUGCGGAUCUACGGGGCCGACAGUUUGUCCUGACAUUCAGGGUCACGGGACUCAGGAUUUCACGGAUCCCACGAGGGUCGAGUGAUGGUGAGCCGCGAUCCAAGCGCACACAGCAUGGACCGCCUCGCCCGCAAGUCCCGUCGACGCCAUCAGCGUUGUCCACACCGUCGCUGUCUUCUCUUCCAGAGUACAAGUCCUCGGCUGGCGCUUCGCUCCAGAAUUCCACUCCCCUGAAUUCCAUAGCCAAUGGACGUGAUUCUCUGGAGGCGGAAGCCAAGGACGCUACCCCAGGCGCGGUGCCAAGUGUCAUCGGUACCUCGUGCGCUUCGGAUGAGAGUACUGCCUCGGGCGUUCAAACGUCUUAUGGUAGCGCUUCAUCUUCGUCGAUGAUGUCGCUUGGACAACGAGUUGGAGCUCUAGCGCUUGUGGCCCAGAGUGCCGGUGGCUUCGCAGCUGCCGGUGAUCUUGGAUUUCAGGUCACCCGGACAGUCAUCCCGUCGCGUCUUGUGUCAGUCGACCAAGAUGACGUUGAGAUGGCAUCGUCGGUGCACUCUGACCCAGAGAUCGCACCCAGGAAGACCGGUCUCCCCAGGAUUUCAGCGACGGCUGCCGAGCCGAAACUCAGGGUUUCUGCCCCGAUUUCUGGAUUUGGUGGUCCGAGGGAUGUCAGCGCCGAUGAGCGGAGUCAACACCAGAGCUCUAAGAGCGAGGUCCGCUCUCGACGCUCGACGAAAUCCAGAAAAUCAGCUGCGUCGAGUCGUUCGAGUGGAUCCAAGAAUCUUGGGUCAGCUUCGUCCGUGUCCGCGAGGUCUGGGCCCGCCCAAAUCGAGCUGAAUGUCUUGCGACAACAGCAGGAGUGGCAGGCCCGCAUGGAGCAGGAGCAACGCGAGGAGCAACGUGACCUGGACGCGCGCCGCCAGAUCCAGGAACUCACGGAUCGCUUGGUCCUCGCUGAGAUCGCCCGAGGAGAAGCGGAACGGCGUGCGCAGGACGUGGAAACUCGCCAGACCCAGCGUUCCACUGAAACUCAGGGGAUGACCCAGAGUAUCACGGAAGCUGUACGUCUCGAGCGUGAACGCCUGGACGCCGCCUACGCCGAGCGCUGGCAACAGCGCGAAGCCGAAGCCGACUCGGAGCGCGCGCGCUGGAAGGUCCAAGAACUUGAGGCGGAAAGAGUGCGAGAGCGGGAGUCUUCCGAGAAUAUCCAGCGCUUCCACGCUGGCCAAGUGCGCGACCUUCGUGCAACGUUGGCCCAAGUUCAAGCGCGUCGCGCAACCGUCGCCCCUGGUUUGGCAACAAAUGUGAGGUCGUCAGUGGCUCAGAACCCUGAAGUUGCAACCCGACCCCAAAAAUCCAGUGGCGUAAUCAACGGAAACGCAAGUGUCACAGGCCAGAGACGGGAGACAGCUGAACCGAAGAACACUUCCGAAGUCGCCGCCUCCCAGCUAAGAGCGACCCUCGCGCAGACUUCCGCCGACACUUCCGGCAGAAUCGCGCGCGUCAAGCGGGGACAUGGCGCUACGGAGACCAAGGUGACCCAGGAUGUCAAACUCGAGCCUGCGUCUCUGGAGAAGACGUCGGAUCCCAGGAGAACAGCGACCUCUAAGGCCUCGCAGGACUCUAAAACAGACUCCAAGCGCUCUGCACCCAAGAAACACCAGCAGCAGAAGAAGAAGCGUCAGGAUAGUUUGGGUGGCAGUUCGGACGGGAACCCUGGGGUUAACCUGACGACGGCCUCUACGGCUCAAGCUGGCACUACGCUCCUGACGUUCAGACCGUACAUCAACUCGAAUACUCUGGGUGAGUUCGAUACUAAGGCGUCACUCAGGGAACGCGUGCAUUGGUGGGAGCGUUUUGCGAACAUGGCGGCUCAGGGAGGUUGGUCUACGAAGAUGCGAAUUCAGGAACUCAAGCUGAAACUCUCGGGAGCUGCGCGUGACUGGUUCAACCAGUUGCCCAAACACACUCAGCGUGACUGGAAGGAGUUGGCGUCUGCAUUCAAGAAGAAGUACUGCAAAGCGCGCUCGUCGUACUCUGAACGCUACUUCACGAUGGAGAUGAAGAACUCAGAGAGCGCCCUGGAUUUCUUCUAUCGUCUGAAUUCCGCCGCUGGGAAGGCUGACAUUGACUUUCGCAAGUCUUUGAAGCGUCUGGAGAAGUAUAUCCGGAGGUUCAUCACGAAACUCAGGGACACGCGCCUCAAGACGUCGUUGCAGGGCCAGAGAUUCAGGAGUAUCGCUGAUCUAGAGUACGGUCUGGAACAGGACGAAGAGGUCUGGAGUCGCAGCAACCAUGAUGCUCCGCCACCCAGAGUUCGUGACUUUCGUGCCGACAACAUUGCUCAGGGGCGUUUCAAGCCGAAGCGUGCAGGACGUGCGUACGUGACUAGGGGCGAUGUCUCUGACUCUGAGUCGGAUGAAGACCCUGAAAUUCACGCGCGUUUCCAGGAAAUCACGGACGAACCCAGAGUUUCAGUCCGAAGUGCGAGCGCAAAUUCAGGGUCAACUCGUGAGAUCUCUGGAGAAGAAACUUCUACGUCUAGCGCUGGGAGCCUGGCGAGUAUGAAGGGUGCCGAGUGGACUCAGACGCUGACGAACGAGGUCUAUCGCGUGAUGGAUAACAUGGGAUGGCGUCCACCGAACGCCCAACCAGGACCGAACGCGAACUCUGGAUUCCGUUCCCCUCGCCGCGAAAACCCGAAUUGGGACAAGUUCUGCAAGAAGCGCAGCAAGUGGGGGCACCCAGAGGAAAACUGCUGGAAAGACGUGAAGUGUGAUCGCUGCCUGGAAGUAGGUCAUCCGACUCACUUGUGUCGCGCGCAACCGUGCGAGAACUGUGGCAACCUGCAUCUCGGGAAACCGUGUGAAGACUGGAAGCCACUGGAAGCUGUGAAGAAACUCUCCCGCCAAGGUGCACUGAAGGAUAUGCCGAGUCAAAUCCUGGAUAAACUCCUGGAUGGCGAAGCAAACUCUGAGAGGCCGUCAAACUAA